AUGACUCUCAAAUAUCUCAUCACAGGUGCUACCGCCAAUGUCCCCGCCUCAGAAUAUGCCGCAGCCUCCUCAAGCGAGGCCAACCGAAAGCGAUUUGAAGACCAAGGCAUUGCUUUCCGGGUCGUGAACUACGAUGACCCGGAAUCUCUAGAGGCUGCCUUCCAAGACGUCGAGAACCUCUUCUUCGUGAGCACCAACACUUUCGACGUGCAAAAACGAGAAAAGCAACACCAGAGCGUCGUCGACGCCGCAAAAAGACAGAAGGUUCGGCAUGUGUGGUAUACCUCACUUGCCUUCGGUGGCUUCAGAUCGGAUUCUAAAGCCGACGUCCAGCAGGCUCAUCUCUUGACUGAGGAGAUGUUGCGCAAAGCCGAUAUCAAUUACACUUCUGUGCGCCAGGGCCUCUACGCCGAUGCUUUCCCGGUGUUUAUGAAUUGGUACCCCAGCACUUCAACCGUAUAUCUGUCAGGAGAUGGCCCGAUCGCAUUCACUCUACGGGAUGAAUUAGGGGAAGCGACUGCACGACUCAUGAUUCACGGGGGCCACGAUCGAGAAAUCGUGCUCCUGACAGCUCAAGAAACCAUCACCUAUACCGAAAUCGUAGAUCUCAUCAACGAGACCACGGGCCGACAGGUACGAGUGAAGACUGUACCACCAGAAGAGUUCGUGAAACUGCAGUCGACAAAUGACGAAGGGGGCAAGUCGGCGGCGUUCUUCAGCAGAUUGACCUCGUGGAAUGAUGCGAUUGCAAAGGGCGAGGCUCAGAGCACAGAUCCGUUGAUGGAAGAACUGCUGGGACGAAAGCAACCCCGCCCCGAGAGGCGAUUCGCAAGCUAUUGA